GGCCGCACCUCUUCCCUCCCACUUACGUCGAUUCGAGGCAUCAGCUGCUUCGAGAAGAAUGAAAUCGGGAGGAAGAGAAAAAGUAGAGGCAGAGGCGUUCGCCUGAACCAAGUCGGGUCAGAAACAAGUGUCCCAGGCGUGGGGGAAUGGGCCCAGCGGUUGCUGGCGCACGGCCGACGCCAACGUGCCGGGGCUGAGUGUCGAGAGUAGGCCGUAGCUCAGCGAACAAAGAGGUGUAAACAGACUAAAGAGAAGACCCCCCCCCCCCCCGGAGGAAUCGGAGCUACUCCUCCCACUGCCCGAACCCAAGGGGCUCACCACCCGCAGCGGGUGGUGCCGCAAGGGGAGUGCCUCUGACCUCAGGGCCACCGGGCGACGGUGCCCGACAGAGGGUCACUGCUUAGCGGGGGUUAACUAACUUAAUGCCCGGUGUGAGAGGGCUGUCAGGUUGGGCGGUCGUGCCAGUGCCCUGUCUCUUUCCCCGUGCCCAUUAUGUACACCUUUGUGGUCCGGGAUCGGAACAGUUCCAUCUAUGCAGAAGUGGGCAAAGUGCUCAUCUCCACGGGACAAUGGCGAAGACUCAAGAGGGACAACCCCAGGUUCAACCUGAUGCUGGGGGAGAGGAACAAGCUGCCUUUUGGUACCCUGGGUCAUGAACCAGGACUUGCACAGCUUGUAAACUAUUACAGGGGUGCUGACAAACUGUGCCGCAAGGCUUCGUUAGUCAAACUCAUCAAGACAAUCCCAGAACUGAUGGAAUCGUGCACCUGGUUUCCAGAAUCUUAUGUGAUCUAUCCCAUGGGUCUUCACACUACGCUGAUACCUGUGAAAAAUGGCAUUAAAGCACAAAGAAAUAACGUGAGGACAGACGAUCGGGAAGCAUUUUUGGCAUCCUACCACAAGAGAAGGGAAAAUGGAGAAAGCAACGUGUGGAUAGCUAAAUCUUCAGCAGGUGCUAAAGGUACUGGAAUUUUUAUUUCCUCUGACGCUAAUGAAUUGAUGGAUUACAUUGAUAAUCAAGGUCAAGUUCAUGUGAUUCAGAAAUACCUCGAGAAACCUUUACUUUUAGAACCAGGACAUCGCAAAUUUGACAUCAGAAGCUGGGUACUUCUUGAUCACCAGUAUAAUAUUUACCUCUACAAGGAAGGUGUAUUGCGGACUUCCUCUGAUCCAUACAAUAGCACUGAUUUUCAAGACAAAACCAGUCAUCUGACAAAUCAUUGUAUUCAGAAAGAAUACUCCAAGAAUUAUGGGAAAUAUGAAGAAGGCAAUGAAAUGUUCUUUGAAGAUUUCAAUCAGUAUUUAAUGAACACUCACAAUGUUAACUUGGAAAACACUAUUUUACCACAAAUCAAGCAAAUCAUAAGAAGCUGCCUUAUGUGUAUAGAACCUGCAAUUGGCACUAAGCUGCUUCCAUACCAUAGCUUUCAACUGUUUGGGUUUGAUUUUAUGGUUGAUGAAGAUCUCAAGAUUUGGCUAAUUGAAGUGAAUGGAGCUCCUGCCUGUGCUCAGAAACUCUAUGCUGAACUUUGUCAAGGCAUAGUAGAUGUAGCCAUUUCCUCAGUCUUCCCAUUAAGUGACUCACCGCAGAAACCGAGCCAACAAUCUGUCUUCGUUAAAUUGGGAAGUUAAUAGAAUUUUCAUGCUCGUUCUUCCACUUCACUACAUUUCAUAAUCCGAUUAGCUGUAUGUAUCAGUAUCAGCUGAACACUGUGAAUCAUGCAUACAAACUCAAUCCAUAGUCCUUAGAAGUCUAUUAAAAGACCAUCGCAUCCAUGGUGAAGGAUAAUUAUGAAAACUGUGGAGCUAUUAAGAUUGGUUACUUCUAUAAAUCAACAGCUUACUUAAUGUACAGCAUUAAGAUGCCUUUUGGAAAAUUACAAUCAGACCAUGACAAUGGGAAUUGCUGUAAACUGAUACAUGUUGCUUUAAACUCUGCAGAAAUGCUGCAAGAAUAUGCUCUGUUUAUUACGUAUGGAUAGCAGGGAUUGUGCAUCAUGGUUAUGCGAUUAGAAGUAUUGAUCUGCAUCCUGAAAAGGUUAUUAAAGUAUUGAACGGUACUUUGACUUGAUUAAAAUUUUGGCACCAUCCUUAAUGUGUAGCAAACUUUCAUAAUCUGCUGUAUUCUGCUAAUAUCACUUGUAUAAUGGUGCAUAAAGAUGGAUAUCACUGUGACCUGGCACAAACCAACUCACUGUACAUUUCAUACCAUGUAACUAGUAUGUUUACCAGUUGUGAACGCUAAGUACUUCAGAAACCAGGAAAGAAAGCGGCCAUGAACUGCUUUCGUUCUGAUUAUAUACUCAGCUUCUUUUUGAAAUAUAGCUGAUGUUAUGGAUGUGAAGAAAGCAAAGGAUUCUGCUUAUUGUUUUUAUUAUAUUUGCAGACACUUAAUCCUCUGAGAGGAGUUUUUGGGGUGGGGCAAACCAAUAGUAUUUUUAAAAUGCUAAUUUUAUGAAGGGUAAAGAAUCAUUUCCUUUUGCAUUUUUUUUCUUAGUUGGGAUUGU